GGCGUAAGGUUUCUCUUAGUAGGUCCAUGGUUUCAAAAUCAGGAUCCGCAGAGGCGUAUCAAUCUACACUCUUGACUGGAGUCUGGUAGGCAUUCCAAAUCAAGACGCCAUGGAGUUAAAACGUGGAUUCGUGCUCCCGCUCCUGAUUCUUACGUCAGUGGUCAUAAAGGAUGUAUCGGCAACAGGAACGUUCGCCUUGGAGCUGCAAAAUUACUUGGGGGAUUUCAGGGACUUCAGCUAUGAUUGCUGCGACGAGGCGCCCAUCGACUGCGGCGGGUGCGACAUCGGAUUUACGAUCUGCCUCGAUAACUUCCCAAGCUCUGGACCAUGUGACUAUAUGGAUGUUUAUACGGGACUGGUAGGAGAAGACAUGUCGGCUAUAAAUUUCAGCUCCCUAGUCGGCAACACGACUAAUCCCAUCCUUUCACCUUCAACACAUGGCCGGUAAGUUCAAGUCCAAAUGGGGCACAAUUUUAAAUAAUCUUCAUCAUAAUUAUGAACAAACGCUAUGCUAAUACUGAUUAACAUUUGUAGACUUUUUAAUACUUAUAUUUCAGGUGUUCUGCAUUAAGUCAUCAAGUUUAGAAAUAUGAUUCACUUAC